AUGUCUAAAUUAUUUUCAUUUAUAAAGAGAAAUAAAUUGCCUUUGGCAAUUGGUACCGGUGCAGUAUGGUUUGCGCAUGCAAACAAUAUGUUCUCACCGUAUCCAAGAGAGUCGUAUUCCGAUAGACACGAUCGUAUCAACCGAUCGGCCUACUUUGAGAUGGAACCGGAUAAAUUGCUGACGGCACCAUUCCCAAGCCGUCAACAACAACUCGCCAAACUCGAAGAGUAUGCAACUAAGCCAAUCGAUGUCAUAGUUAUCGGUGGUGGUGCAACUGGUUCCGGUGUUGCACUAGACUCUCAGACACGUGGACUCUCCACGGCUCUCUUUGAACGCGGUGAUUUCUCAUCUGGAACAUCAUCACGUUCCACCAAAUUAAUUCAUGGUGGAAUUAGAUAUUUGGAAUCGGCUAUUAUGAAUUUAGAUUAUCAGGAUUUGAAAUUGGUGAAGGAAGCGUUGAAUGAGAGAUCGAAUUUGCUGAAUAAUGCACCACAUCUUUCUCAUGCUCUGCCACUGGCGAUUCCAAUUUACAGUUGGAUCGACUUGCCAAAGAUGAUGAUUGGAACGAAGCUAUACGAUUUUUUCUAUCCUGGAAACGAUAUUCCCGGUGCCUACUAUCUGUCGAAAGCGAAAACAAUGGAGAAGUUCCCGCAUUUGAAAGACGGUUGUUUGGGAUCGGUUAUCUACUACGACGGACAACACAACGAUGCGCGAAUGAACCUGUCGAUUGUCAUGUCGGCGCGCGCCAACGGUGCACUCACCAUGAACUACAUGCAGGUGGCGUCACUCCUGAAGGAACAGCAAAAAGUGGUUGGUGUCGUUGUGGAGGAUCGACUCACCGGAAAACAAUAUAAUGUUCGUGCGAAAUCGGUUGUCAAUGCAACCGGUCCGUUUGCCGACGGCAUUCGUAAGAUGGACGACCCGAACGCCGCACCAAUGGUAAUUGGCGCAUCGGGAACACAUUUGAUCCUCCCGCGUAAAUAUUGUCCUGACGACAUGGGAUUCCUCAAUCCCAAGACAAAAGACGGUCGUGUCUUGUUUAUCUUGCCAUUCGAGGGCAGAACCAUCGCUGGAACCACCGACCAGGCUGCGGACGUCACCUUCACACCAAAGCCAACACACGAAGAGAUCCAAUUCAUCUUGGAAACGGUGUCAGAGUAUUACAAAGACAAUCUGACAGACAAAGACGUACUGGCAUCGUGGACUGGAAUUCGUCCACUAAUUAAAUCGUCGCCAAACACACCUACCUCAAAGAUCAACCGCCAUCACACACUCAUAACCAGUCCAUCCGGUUUGAUAACGAUUAGCGGUGGCAAAUGGACAACCUACAGAGAGAUGGCAGAGGAAACCGUCGAUAAAGUCGUCGAACAAACACGUAUCUUCACACCCAAAGAAUCACAUACCGUCACCAUGAAACUAUUUGGUGGUGAUAAAUAUUAUAAAGAUACAGAUAAAUAUUUAAUUAAACAUUUCAAUAUUGAACCAGAGAUUGCCAAUCAUUUAGCACAUACCUAUGGUGAUCAAGCUGUUAGUGUUUGUAAAUUGGCAAAGGAAAGAGGAUUGUUUAAUCGUUUGGUACAGGGAUAUCCUUAUAUUGAAGCAGAAGCUGUCUAUGCCGUACAGGAAUACGCUUGUAACGCUGAGGAUGUCAUCGCUAGACGUACUAGACUUGCAUUUUUAGACAAUCAGAAAUCAAGAGAAGCACUUCCACGUAUCGUCGAUCUGAUGGCAACCGAAUUAAAAUGGAGUAAAUCCACCAAAGAAAAUCAAUUAAAGGAAGCAAAUAAAUUCCUUGAUACAAUGAAUUAUUAA